AGCUUUGGCUUCAAACGACUUGACCGAACAAACUGCAAUUUAUUUUAGGAUUUUCCAAAAGAACGGACGAUUCGUGGUGGUAAUGUGUAGUGAUCAAAGCCAGUCAUCUAAAAAGGAAGGAAGUGAUAAAACUUUUUAUGGAGCAUUUCUGGACAUAGAUCCACAACAAGAAGAAAUUUCACUCAGAACCUUGAUAGAUCACUCAAUCGUUGAGAGUUUUGGGGGAGGAGGAAAGAGUUGUAUAACAGCUAAGGUUUACCCGACUUUAGCCAUUGGGAAAGACGCCAAACUUUUCGCUUUCAACUACGGAACAAAGAGUGUCAUCAUCUCUGAGAUGAAUGCAUGGAGUGUGAAGUCGGCUCAAAUGAGCAUCGAAGAAUCCAAUGUUUAAAACAACGGGAUGAUCUGUCGAGUUGAAUAAUGAAUUUGUGCAGAGAUCAUGUCAACUAAAAGCAAGUUUUUUUUUUAAUUAUGAUUCAAACUAAACAAUCCAGUUUUACAAUAAGCCACGGUUAACAAAAAACACUUUUCAAGAAUAAGCUCACAAAGCAUUGAGGUGCCAGUAUUUGUGAUUUGUUUCGAUCAUUAUAUGUUUAGAUUCAAUGUAAACUUAUGAC